UCUGCAUGUUUGGUGUUUAACCAGUCCGAAAAUUCGCAUUUGCUUAUGACUGGCCAGUAAUGCCCUUUGAUAUAAAGACAGUUAUAGCAGUUUAGUGCUCUAAUUCCCACCGGACGUGAAGUAGUUCGCUGCCGGGGAAGGAGCAGGAUCGACGGUGUAUAAGAGCAUGCGCAUGGAUGGUCUCUGAUACAGCUGUGUUAUUGUCUUUGCCCCACCCCAGUUUCGAGGGCCAAAAUAAUGGCAGAAUCCAUGAGCAGUGACGACCAUGAUUGCUGCAGUGUGCUGACCUGGGAUCAGGUGAGUCGGCUGAAUGAAGUGCUAAGCAAACCAGUGCCUGUGCAUGGCCGAGGGAACUUCCCAACAUUGGAGGUUCGCCUUAAGGACAUAAUACAGAAGGUGCAUAGCUGCCUGGAGCAGAGGGGGAUCCAGGUCAAGGACAUCCGGCUGAACGGCUCAGCGGCCAGCCACGUCCUGGUAGAGGACAACAGCCUGAGCUACAAGGACUUGGAUGUCAUCUUCAGGGUGGACCUCCCAAAGGAGUCGGAGUUCCAGCUUGUUAGGGAUGUGGUACUGGGCGUACUCUUGGACUUCCUGCCAGAAGGUGUGAACAAAGAGAAAAUCACACCCAUGACACUGAAGGAGGCCUAUGUACAGAAGCUGGUGAAAGUCUACACUGACCUGGAUCGCUGGAGUCUCAUCUCUCUGUCCAACAACCAUGGCCGCAAUGUGGAACUCAAAUUUGUAGAUUCGAUCCGUCGGCAGUUUGAAUUCAGUGUGGACUCCUUCCAGAUCAUCUUGAACUCGCUGCUCUCCUACUACAGCCUCUCCAAAAAGCCGAUGUCAUGGAACUUCCACCCCACUGUGGUAGGAGAGAGCAUGUAUGGUGACUUUGCCACUGCCCUGGACCACCUCAGGAAGAAACUGAUAGCUACUAAACGGCCUGAGGAGAUUCGUGGGGGUGGCCUUCUGAAAUACUGCCACCUGCUGGUGAGAAACUUCCAGCCCACAGAUGAGGAGGAGUUCCGGGCACUAGAGCGAUACAUGUGCUCACGUUUCUUCAUUGACUUUCCUGAUGUGACUGAGCAGCAGCGAAAACUGGAGGCAUAUCUUCAGAGCCAUUUUGUUGGUGAGGAGCGCCAUAAAUAUGACUACCUGAUGACUCUACGGCGUGUGGUCAAUGAAAGUACAGUUUGCCUGAUGGGACAUGAGAGGCGGCAGACACUUGACCUCAUCUCCCUCACGGCUAUCAGGGUACUGGCUGAGCAGAAUGCCAUCCCAGAUGCCUCCAGUGUCACCUGCUACUACCAGCCUGCCCCCUAUGUCAGGGACCUCAACUUCAGCAACUACUAUGUGGCCUCUUGCGGUCCAUCUGUUCCUACCUGGCUGCCAUGCAGCUAAGGGAACAUUUGUAUGGAUGCCUCCACUAAGAUUUAAAUGUAACAGCUUUUAGGUUUUCUCUCCCAGUAUCCUUCAAUUUCUCAGUCCUUAUCUAGGGACAUGACAGCUAUUGUACUCGGGGUGCUUUUUUAAUUAUUGUUUUGGAUGUUAUGCACUUUUCCCCUUAAUCCUAGUAUGUGUAUCUGUCCAGCUUUGAGAAUUUAUGAUUUUCCCCUCCAGUAUAUCCCUGUCUGUUUUGUAUUGAGGGGAAAAAUAUAUAUUUAUUGAUAACUGGUUACAAAAAAAGAGAUUGGUAGAGAAAUUUAAAAAGAAGCAUAAGAUGAACAUUUGGGGAAAGUGGUGUUAAGAGGGCAUUUCAUUGUUUAGAUGGUGACUGGAUUUAGGAGUAAGAUGGAUAAAAUGGUUUGUGCCCCUUCCCAGGCUACACCCCCGUCCUUUUUUAUAAAAAUUUAAAAAAAGAGUGGAAAUUGGCAGCUUGUGUAAGAUGUUUCCGGCUUGAUGUACUUCAUUUGGUGAACUUUGUUGGGAUAACGGCAUCCUGCCUGCUCUUUUACACCAGCCUUGCCAGCCUUGAUAUGAGAAGCUGUGGUGAUGGGUGCAGUUUCGUCACUUUGAUAGCUUUUUUCUUUUAGCAUUGAAGUUGAUCUCAGGAUGUUUGAUAAGCAUCUGCACUGAUGUGGUUGUUAUUUAAUAGGGAGGCCAGGGGGUGAAUGGCAUGCUUGUGUUUCAGCCCAGCAGGCUUGUGGUCUUCAAACGUUUUUGUUUACUUGUCUGGAAUGUAAGUGAGCUCAUGUGAUUGGCUACUGAUUCACACUCGAGAGCUUUGUGGUCAUGGUGUUCCAUUGAGGGCCUGCACCGAGUGAAGGGAAUCCACCACAGUGUGGCCCCGUCUCUUUUAUUACAGUGUGUGUCUCUGUCAAAUGGGACAUAAAUGUGUUUUGAAUGUUGUGAUUGGCCCAGUGACCACAAGGCUGGAGUGAGGCUGGCGAAAUAUGAAUGACUGAAUUAUAUAUUCGUAACAGGACUGCCCAGUCAUAAAAGUGGUAUUCUACUAAAGGUUUUUUUUUUUUUUUUUUUUUUUUUUUUUUUUUCUUUUGCAAAACCUAAAAUAACUGCCAAAUGGUGCGAGUACCAAAGUGAGAGUUUGAUUGUGAAACCUAGUUGAGAUUGUAAGGCAAAUCAUAUUGAAUGCUGCUGCUCUUGGGUGACCAGGUGUCCAUAGAGGGCCUCUUGGAUACUGCCAGCCUGAGGCUGCCUGCAUGCACCUGUCUGCUUAUCUUCUCUUCAACUUAAGUAGCACAUGGUCAUUCCUAAGUGUGCCAUCAUUUCAAAAUGGCAGGUUUAUUCCCUUUUGACAAGGAAAGUGCCUUUUCUUUGUGCCAGUUAAAUCUCUGUGGGUGAAUGUAGUUACAGUCUGAUUUUGUGAUGUUUGAGUUUGGCGCUAUAUGGGAAGGGGGGAUGCAGUGUUGACUUUGCCUUUUGUGCUGAGUAUGACUGAUCAUGCUAAACUAGCAUUCCUCCGAAAAUGGUGAUUGAAAAGCUUGUUCUAUUACACUGUGGCAGUGUAAUUGAAUGUUCCUGUUUUUAUGAAGUUCUUGCCUUUGUUCAUGCUACUAUGGGAAGGGACUCUAUAAUGUUGUCCAAAAAUGAGAUUAAUCAAUAAAGGAUUGACCCCCA